AUGCCCAACAACAGCGUCAUUCAAUUGGAUGCAUUUCAAGAAAAAUACUUUCCGCAAGUUGAUGCUCUAUUUAAAAUUGGUUUUGGAUUUGAAGAAGAUUUACCUUCAAAAUUGAAUCAUUCUUCGAUGGGUGGAAUGACUACUUCUUGUGUGGCCAUUUAUCGACAUGAUUUUCAACAACACUCCGCAAAUGACAUCAAAGUGAAUGAUGAUUAUUUCAAAUUGAAUACACACGAAACAGAAUUGACAGACAUGGAUGGUCAAGUGAUUGGAUUUCAUUUGCUGUAUGCCCCAAAUUGUUGGCAACCACAGGAUUUUCCUUUAGAAUUUAAUGUGAACAAGUAUAGCUAUGGAUUGGAUCAAUUGGGAUUUUGUGAAGCAGUUGUGGUGCAUCCUCGAAUGCAAAAAAAAGGAAUUGCAAAGAAAAUGUAUGAAUGGUCAGAAAAAAAAGUUCGCAAAUUGAAUCCCAACUGUAAAGGUUUUAUUACUCACGUUUGGACCGAAAGCUCUGGAGCUUUACCAUUAUCAAAGUCAAACAGUACUUCGAAUUCGAGAAAUGGCGUUCAUAGAGUCAUUAAAAUACACAAGAAUGCAUGGAGACAGUAUUAUUUGGAUUGUGGUCUCGUUUGUAAUUUUUGUAAUGCACUUUGCUGUUGCACUUCAGCUGAAUGUGAGACUUUAUUUGAUACCUCAAUGAUGGAAUAA